UUAAUUGAAAAAUGGCUGCUUGACCUUUUGGAGUAAAUAUGAUUUUUUUACGGUGGUUUGGUUAAUAUUUUUGUAUGUGUGGCGGUUAUUAGUGCUUCUUAUGACUCUGAAGAAAAUCAGGGACGUCUUCCAUGUAUCUCUAAUGCUCAGGUGUAAGAAAUCGCAUUACCAUUUACUUAUUUCCUAGUGAAUGGUCCCAUUUUAUUCGUUACCAUAGCUAUAACUAUGGAUUUAAUACAAGAUGAAGACAGGCGGAAGAGGCUACGCCUCCUCCAGGAGAAGAUCCAGGAUCCAAGAGGGAUUGGCAACAUUGAUUCCCUCUUGGAUACUGUCCAGGCCCUCCACACGGAUUGCGAUUAUCCAGCCAUGAGAAAGAUCAAAAACAUCGAAAUGUAUCUAAACAGAUACGGGGAUUUUGCCACUGAAGUCGUCAACCUUCGCAUGAAAACGGACGAUUUUGAGCACAUCAAAGUUAUAGGACGAGGAGCUUUCGGCAAAGUCCAGCUAGUUCGCCAUAAACACACUCGCCAAGUCUAUGCAAUGAAACGCUUAAGCAAAGCUGACUUAAUCAAACGAUCAGACUCUGCAUUUUUUUGGGAAGAAAGACAUAUCAUGGCUCAUGCUUCCUCUGAGUGGAUAGUCCAACUGCAUUUUGCAUUUCAAGACGCCAAGCAUUUGUACAUGGUGAUGGAUUACAUGCCUGGUGGAGAUAUCGUAAACUUAAUGUCGAAUUAUGAAAUUCCCGAAAAAUGGGCAAAAUUUUACACUAUGGAGGUCGUGCUUGCUUUAGAUGUGAUCCAUUCAAUGGGAUUUGUUCAUCGUGAUGUCAAACCAGAUAAUAUGCUUUUGGAUAAGUACGGUCAUUUGAAAUUGGCCGAUUUUGGUACCUGUAUGCGGAUGGACGAGGACGGACUUGUUAGAUCGAAUAACGUGGUUGGUACCCCUGAUUAUAUCUCUCCGGAAGUGCUUCAGAGUCACGGGAAGGGAAUUUACGGGCGGGAAUGUGACUGGUGGUCUGUAGGAAUUUUUCUUUAUGAAAUGUUGGUAGGCGAGACGCCUUUUUACGCAGAUAGUUUACUUGGUACUUAUAAUAAAAUAAUGUAUCACGAAAAUAAUUUAACCUUUCCUGAAGAAGUAGAAAUUUCUAAAGAGGCUAUAGCUUUAAUACAGGGUCUAUUAUGUGAUAGAACUAAACGUUUAGGACGGAAUAACGUUGACGAGAUAAAAAAGCAUCCGUUUUUUAUAAAUGAUCAAUGGACUUUUGAAAAUUUGAGAAACUCGGUACCUCCGGUGGUGCCUGAAUUAUCGGGCGAUGACGACACUAGCAAUUUCGAUGAUUACGAAAAAGAAGAAACGUCCGAAGAAGUGUUUCCAGUGCCAACUAGUUUUAUAGGAAACCAUUUACCAUUCGUAGGCUUCACUUAUAAUUCAGAUUAUCAAUUGUUAUCAGAAAGAAAAAAUGAUAUUGUAGAUAGCGGCAAGAUUAAUCAUCUCAACGAUAAAGACGCAAAUGCUCAAGUAACUAAACUACAACAACUCUUAGAACACGAAAGAAGUAACGUGGAAGAAUUGAAAGAAAAACAACGAAAUUUAAUUGCUCAAAUCAGUAGAUUAGCUCAACACGAAUCAGAAGUUCGGGAGGAGUCAUCCAAGUACGAGAAAGAAUUAACCAUCUUAAAACAUAAUUAUAAAGAAUUGCAACGUAAGGCCGAAAACGAAAACGAGCUCAGAAAGAAAACGGAGAAGUACCUAGCUGACAUCAAGCGAACUUUGGAAGAGGAACAGAAUAAAAGAACGCGCGAAAUGAACAACAACCAGCAACACAAUGACAAAAUCAACAUUCUAGAAAAACAAGUCAACGACAUGCAAGAAAAGCUUAAAGUCGAGACAGAAAAUUGCCAGAGGUUGCGGAAGCAAACCACGGAAUUAACGAUGGCUAAGGCGGCUUACGAGCAAAAAGUCGCUGAAUAUCAGGCUGUGUUACAAAAUUUGCAAGCACAGAGAGACAGUUUUCAAGCCGAAGUUGCCACCCUGCAAGGACAAUUGACCCAAGAAAUUGCAGCAAGGACGCAAACUUCGGAAGAAUAUCGUGUGAUGGAAAACCGAUUCCAGAAUGUUAACUCCGAGUUGGAGAGAAGUAUGCAACGGGAGAGGAAAAUCUUGGCCGACAAUACGCAACUGACUGAAAAAGUCUCGACUCUAGAGAAGGAAUGCGCAUCUCUAUGCCUAGAAUUAAAGGCAGCUCAAAAUAGGUAUCAGCAAGAGGUUAGGGCCCAUGAAGAGACCGAAAGGAGCCGGUUGUUGAACAAGGAAGAGGCUAAUUUGGAAGUUGUUAAAGCUCUUCAAGCAAAACUCAACGAAGAGAAAAGUGCCAGGCAAAAGGCUGAUUUAAACACUCAGGAAAAAGAGAGGCAAAUUUCAAUGUUGUCGGUMGACUACAGACAAAUCCAGCAACGACUACAAAAACUAGAAGGCGAACAUCGACAAGAAGUCGAAAAAGUCAAAGCUUUGCACAGUCAGCUCGAGCAGGAGCAACAAAAGAAAACCGUUUUACAGUCAGAAAUGAGUCAACAUAUUUCCGAAGUUGCGAAACUUAAAGCUCGAGAAUCUCAACUCGUAAUUGAAUUAAAUCAAAUUCAAGAGGCUAAAAAGAAGUUAGAGGAAGAUUUGUUCAAGUUGAAGCGCGAUUGGCAAAUGGAACAGCUCCAAAUGAAAGAAUUGCAAGACUCGUUUGAGACGGAGCAAUAUUUCUCUACUUUGUAUAAAACACAGACUAACGAAUUACGUGAGGAGUUGGAAGAGAAAAAUAAAGUUAAUAAAGAGUUUGAAGAAGAGUGCGCUUCGUUGAAACAUCAAUGCCAGAUAGCUUUGGCUCGAGCUGACUCUGAGGCUUUAGCGAGGUCGAUAGCUGAAGAAACAAUUGCCGAUCUAGAAAAGGAAAAGACGAUGAAAGAACUUGAGUUGAAAGAUUUGUUAGCCAAACAUCGAAGUGAAGUCAAUUCGAAAGAAGUUGUUAUUAAUUCGUUGAAAGAUAGAGAAAUGGAAUUGAAGAAAAUGAAUGAGCAYUUGUCGAAAGAGCGGGAAGAUAUAAAUCGGCAAUUGAAACAAUUGCAAGAGGAGUUUAGUAAGAAAUCAGGAAAUAGUGAAGAAAUUGAUAAGUUGAAGARCAAACUUCAGACUGAAUCACUGUUGAAACAACAAGCUGUUAAUAAGUUGCAUGAAGUUUUGAAUCGGAAGGAUUUGAGGGAGAUGAAAGGGAAGAGUAAGAUUUCUAAUGCGGAUUUGAGGAGAAAAGAGAAAGAUCUGAAGAAACUUCAACAGGAAUUAAGUCAAGAAAGGGAUAAGUUUAAUCAGACUAUUAGUAACUUCCAAGCUCGUAUACAGGAAUUAACGGCGCAAUGUAAUGAAGAAAUCGCUUCAAAACAAAGGCUACAGAUGGAGCUGGACAGCAAAGAUUCGGAAAUCGAACAGCUUCAAAAGAAAUUGGCCGCGAUUAACAGUGAGACAGCUUCGUUGAGCUCAGCCGAUAACGAAGGAGAUGAAAUAAAUUCCGAUUCAAUGAUCGAGGGUUGGUUGUCGAUUCCGUCGAAACAAAACAUCAAAAGACACGGGUGGAAGAAACAAUACGUUGUAGUGUCAAGUCGGAAAAUAAUUUUCUACAAUUCAGAAAGUGACAAGCAAAACACCGAUCCUGUGAUUGUUCUUGAUCUCUGCAAAGUGUUUCACGUGCGUUCGGUCACACAGGGUGACGUCAUUAGGGCCGAUUCCAAAGACAUCCCUAGGAUAUUUCAAUUGUUGUAUGCUGGAGAAGGCGAAGCGAGGAAAGCUGACGAGCAAAGCAAUUCGCUUGAUGUUAGUUCGAUGCGGAAUUUUGAAGACAAACCGGGUACUACGAUACACAAGGGUCACGAGUUCCUAAAUAUCUCCUACCACAUGCCCACGACUUGUGAAGUUUGUCCUAAACCUAUGUGGAAUAUGUUUAGACCUCCCCCCGCUUUAGAGUGUCGAAGGUGUAGGAUAAAAAUUCAUAAAGAUCAUUUAGAGAAGAAGGAGGAUACUGUACCUCCGUGUAAACUACAUUAUGACCCUUCUUAUGCCAAAGAACUUCUCCUGCUUGCCCCUUCAAUAGAUGAUCAAAAGCAGUGGGUGUGCAAAUUGAGCCGGAAAAUUCAGAAAUGUGGAUUCAAAGCCAACAAUUCCAAUGCCAUAGAUUCAGCUAAAAUAUCGCCUAGGGAAUCAACUCGUUCUAGUUUGAAGCCAUAUAUGAAUAUCCAGCAACGAUCUGCAACUCUGCCUGCUAAUUCUUCAAUGAGUGGCAAAUGACAUUUGAAUCUUCAAUUAAGUUAACAUUUGAAUCUUGAAUGCUUCUAGUUUCAUCACUAAAUACUGAUACAGAAUAUACUUUUACUAUCUUAUCACAUCACUGUAUCAAUCUUAUCAGGUUUUAAUAAAAUUCUUAAUAGUUUAUUUUGUUGUGGCACUAAAUCUUAAGAUACUUAACAGUUAUUCCAAAAGAUGUUUUUAACAUCAUUAAUGAAUUGUCUUAGUCGGUUGUUUGCUAAUGUUCGCUGAAAAUCUAACUACGACGCUGUACUAAUUAAAUUUUUGUAAAGGUGCUAAUUUUGUUUUGUAAAAAGUUUUUUUAUUAAUUAAGAAAUUCUCAAAUCAGAGCUUACGAGUUUUUUAACAUGACAUUCCUUACAGUACAGUAAUAAACUUUUCUGUUUUAGUUGUACAUUGUUUGUUUUUUGUUUAGAUUGUACAAAUAUUUUAAUGCGAAUUUUGAUUAUACAGGCUGGAUUAUCAAAAAACGCCUCAAGUAAUAACUCCAUUAUUUUGACAAUACUUCUUCGAAGAAAGUUGCAAAAAAAUGCCCACAAUCUGUUCAACUUCGAUCAAAGAAGUAUUUUCAUAUCUUCAAAUAGAAUGAAGUUAWGGCUUGUGGAGUUCUUAUAAUCCAGCCURUAUAUAAUUAUGUAUUUAUUAAUCUUUGUUUCUKUUCUUUUCCUAUUGUAAAAUUGUGCCUUAAACAUUCAUUCGUAGUUAUACUAUUGUAUUAACUACAACACCAAUAAGUUAUUUUUUAAUAUAAUUUUGGCAUUUCAGGUAGUAAAAUGAAACGUUUUUUGCCUUAUGUAUUAUACAAAAUGUAAACCAAAUGGACAAUUCUGAAUAAAUUGUUCUUAUUUAUUAAUGA